CUUUUCGACAGCAGUAAAAAAGCAGUAACAGUAAAGAAAACAUACAACUUGCAACAAUGAGGCUUAUAGUAGUGUUAGCGAUUGUGAUCAAUGUUUGUGCAGUACUAGGAGCUAGUAUCAAAAACUCAAAUGGUGGAGAUGAUGACUGGGUCAUCGUUGAACAUUCUACGGAAAGUGCACAGACUAUGGCAGCUAGACCAUACCAACAAUCAGAUUGUUCCGAUGCGGUUGAACGUAGAUCAGUAGCUACCUGUUUGGCAAGAAAAACGGUCUGGACAUGGGAUGUCUUAGCCAAUAAAUGUGUUACAGCCUUCUAUACAGGAUGUAACGCAACGAAGAAUAAUUUUGUGACAGAAGCAGAAUGUUUGAGAGUAGCAAAACCAGUUUGCUUCAAUAUUGUAAACCGUAGAUCUUAAUAUAAAUAAAAUAUUGUUCAAAACA